UCCAUGGCGAACAUUUUCCACGUCUACCACCGGGUUCUCCGGUGGCUAAUGAAGGUCGCCGGAGUCAGGCAAGAACUGGUCCAGAUACAACCAGGAACCACUAUGAAUUUCUGGGUACCCACCAGAAACCCGAAAAAAAACCCGAAUCCACCGGUGGUCCUUCUCCAUGGAUUCGCCGGCAAUGGGAUCAUGACGUGGCAAUUUCAGGUGAUGAAUCUGGCCAGAAACUACGCCGUCUAUGUACCGGACUUUCUCUUCUUCGGCGAAUCGGUGACGGACCGGGCGGAGAGAUCGCCGGAGUUUCAGGCGGAGUGCGUGGUGAAGGGGCUGAGGAGGCUGGGGGUCGAGAGGCCGUGCGUUUUGGUGGGGUUUAGCUAUGGGGCAAUGGUGGGGUUUAGGCUGGCUGAGAUGUACCCGGAUUUGGUGGCCGCGAUGGUAGUCACGUCGGCGCCGACGGUGUUGACGGAGUCGCUCAGCCGUGAGGCGCUGCAGGAGAUUGGGUAUAAAAGUUGGUCGGAUUACUUGAUUCCCAACACGGUCAAAGGUGUGAAAUCCUUAUUUGAAAUUGGUUCCUUUGACUUUCCGGCGCUUCCUAAUUGGAUUAUGGAACAAUAUGUAAAGGUAUUUUAA